UGUGGUGAUGUGUAUACUUUAAAUGUGAUUGCGUUGGCCUUGUUCUUCAAUAUUGUCUGUCUCCUGUUGAGUCUUGCCUGUGAAGCAGUGAAUGUUGCUGCUGCUGGAUUCUCCUGUCUCUUCUUGAAAGCAGAAAAGAAGAGGCAAUUGGGCCGCCGCUGGACCGCUCCACUCAUCACCAGAAGGUCUCUUCGCAUUGGACCUGGAAGAAGCGGGACUCUCGGCUUCGUAUUACUACAUCACGACUCCAUCGCACAUACCCUUUGAAGUUUUGAACUUUACUCCGCUUCACCUCGUCCUCGAGGCCGGAACGACACCAUCUCAUUUCAGCAGCCUGCGCAGCUGCGCAGAGAGCUUUGGCUCAAGCCACGAGAACAGGACAAGAACAGUGCUUGGACAUCCAAAAGGUCGCCCAGCAUGUUCCUCUCGUUCCUCUUCACGCCAUGGGCGAUCCUCGCGCUCCCAGCCCUGUUCUACCUCCUGCCGUACAUUCGCAACUGGUCCAUUCACGACAUCCCAGGUCCGUUCCUGGCAAAAUUCACGAACCUCUGGUACAUGUACGAAUGCCGCAAAACCAGGCGCUACCUCACAGUCUUCAACCUGCACAAAAAGCUAGGCAAAUUUGUUCGCGUCCAGCCGGAUCACGUCUCCAUUGCGGAUCCAGAGGCGAUCCCGAUUGUCUAUGGCCACGGAACUGGAUUCUUGAAAGCGCAAUACUAUGAUGCGUUUGUGAGUAUCCAGCGCGGCUUGUUCAACACCAGGAACCGAGCCGAACAUACCCGAAAGCGAAAGACAGUCUCGCAUACCUUCAGUGCCAAAUCCGUGGGCCAGUUUGAGCAGUACAUUCAUCAUAACUUGGAUCUUCUCGCCAAGCGAUGGGAUGAGCUGAACGAGAAGACCGGACGAGGAGAGUAUACGGAAUUCGAUGCCUUGCACUGGUUCAACUAUGUGGCCUUCGAUAUCAUUGGAGAUCUCGCUUUCGGUGCUCCGUUUGGCAUGCUUGAGAAGGGAGCCGAUAUUACGGAAGUGCAGUUGACUCCAGAUGGGCCUCCAAGCUAUUCUCCAGCCAUUGAGGUACUGAACCGCAGAGGAGAGGUAUCCAAUGCUGUGGGAUGUUGGCCUUCGAUCAAGCCUUAUGCGAAGUACCUCCCAGAUCCGUUCUUCAGUAAGGGCAUGGAGGCGAUUGCGAAUCUUGCGGGUAUUGCUACGGCGCGUGUUAACCAGAGACUGGCUGCUGCUGAGCGAGGCGAGAUCGAUCGUGUGGAUCUUCUUGCCCGACUUAUGGAGGGUAAGGACGAGCAUGGCAACAAGUUGGGCAAGGCCGAGCUCACUGCUGAGGCUCUUACGCAACUCAUCGCUGGGUCGGAUACGACUUCCAACACGUCUUGUGCGCUGCUCUACCAUUGCCUGACGAAGCCCAAUGUGGUCAAGAAGUUGCAAGAGGAGCUGGAUGCCGCCCUGCCCUCUGACGACGUCCCCAACUACGAGCAGGUCAAGGACUUGAAGUACCUGGACUGGGUGAUCCAAGAGACUCUUCGUAUCCAUUCGACUUCUAGCCAGGGCCUUCCUCGCGUUGUCCCAGUCGGGGGCGCGACCGUCGCUGGUCGUUUCUGGCCACAGGGUGUUGUGCUCAGUGUACCGGCAUAUGUAAUGCACCACAGCACGGAGAUCUGGGGACCUGACGCUGAGGAGUUCCGCCCCGAGCGUUGGGAGAAGGUCACUGAAAAGCAAAAGCUCGCGUUCAUCCCCUUCUCUUACGGUCCUCGUGCGUGCGUCGGUAGGAAUGUGGCUGAGAUGGAGUUGGCAUUGAUCGUUGCGACUGUCUUCCGCCGAUACGAGUUCGAUCUCCGUCAGGACAAGCUAGAGACGCGCGAGGGUUUUCUGAGAAAGCCUCUCGCACUGAAGGUGGGCAUGCGGCGGCGCAACUGGAAGUAGUGACGGCUAGGCUGUAAGUGAGCGGGCGUCAGUGAGUUGAUUCUGUACAGUAUGGCGAAUUGAGCGC